GUCACGUGACCCGUGGCUAAACGAAAAGGAUCGCAGAGCGACAGAAACGGCCGAGCCGCUUCACAGCCGCCGCUCGACAGGAGAAACUGCGGACGACUGUCCGAAACGUCUGUGCUCGCGCUUCACUGCGGCGCUGCUGUGCGUGAGGCGGACCGACGGCGGACCGAGGCUGCCCCGCUCUCCUCGCUGACGGCGGACACAGAACCGGAGAGUCGUUCAGGACGCCGCGCGUCACCCUGCGUAUAUACAGGGUGUUCCGCCACCGGAGCAUCAGCGUCUGACCGCAGUCUGUCGACGACCGGCCGUUUAUAAACCCCGAUUAUCCGAAUCCUCGGUUUUUUCCUCCGACAGAGCCGCUGAUCUCCGCCGAGUCUCCAGCGGAGGGCGUUACGUAAGAGAGAGAGAGAGAGACACGGAGAGAGAGAGAGAGACACGGAGAGAGAGAGAGACACGGAGAAAAUCCACGGCACCCCGGGACCGAAUCCCCGCGUGUCCGCGGUUGUGUGUCGCGGGCUUUGAGGACACCGCUCGGCUGGUGUGGAGUGAAGGAGCGGUCAGGCCUGUCUGGCGCAGGAAGCCUCUGCUGGGAAAGGCUGACCGGUUUUCUGUGGUCGGUGACCGGCCUAUGCUUGUGUCCCACCGUCGCUCUGCUGUGUGGUGAAGUGGCUUGUUGGAGAAAAUGUCGGGCCAGACGCUGACCGACCGCAUCGCCGCCGCGCAGUACCAGCUGACCGGGUCAGACGUGGCGCGCGCCGUGUGCAAAGCCACGACGCACGAGGUGAUGGCGCCCAAGAAGAAGCACCUGGAAUACCUGAUCUCUGCCACCAAUGAGACAAACGUGAACAUCCCGCAAAUGGCUGAUACCUUGUUCGAGAGAGCCAUGAAUGCCAGCUGGGUGGUCGUCUUCAAAGCCCUCGUCACCACCCACCACAUAUGCAUUCAUGGCAAUGAGAGGUUUAUCCAGUAUCUGGCUUCCAGGACCUCUCUGUUCAACCUGAGCAACUUUAUUGAUAAGACUGGCAGCCACGGCUAUGAUAUGUCCACAUUCAUCAGACGAUAUGGGCGGUACCUCAAUGAGAAAGCAUAUGCUUACCGCGCCAUGGCCUUCGACUUCACUCGAGUCAAGAAAGGGGCUGAUGGGGUAAUGAGGACCAUGGCUCCUGAUAAACUGCUCAAGGCUAUGCCUGCCCUGCAGACUCAAGUGGACACUCUGCUGGAAUUUGAUGUUCAUCCCAAAGACUUGAACAAUGGCAUUAUCAAUGCGGCUUUCAUGCUUCUCUUCAAGGAUCUGAUCAAACUGUUUGCCUCCUACAAUGAUGGAAUUAUCAAUUUAUUAGAGAAGUAUUUCAAAAUGAAGAAGUCUGACUGCAAGGAAUCGCUUGAGAUCUACAAGAAGUUCCUGACCCGAGUGACCAAGAUUUCAGAGUUUAUGAAAAUUGCAGAGCAAGUUGGAGUGGACAAAAAUGACAUUCCUGACAUAUCUUAUGCCCCCAGCAGUAUUCUGGAGUCUCUGGAGACGCAUAUGAACAGCCUGGAAGGAAAGAAAGGAGAGGGGUCUCCAACAAAGGGAUCACCCACCAACAAUGUCUCCCCGACCUCCACUCCUGCCAAAACCGCAGGUGCUCUUCCCACCCUGGAGCCGCCACCUAGUGAGGCCACGCCUGCGGCUGCUGCAUCUGCUGAGGCUGCCACUGAUUCUCUGUUGGACUUGGACCCACUGUCCUCUUCAGGGCCAUCUGGGGGUGCUUCAGCUGCUCCUACAUCCUGGGGAGACCUGCUGGGGUCAGAAUUCGGUUCCCUCACCACGGAGACUCUCCUCCCUGAUCCCUCCCCCGCUGUAGACUCCGCCUCUCCUGCGACAGCCGCGCCUAGCACCACAACCGGUGAGGCAGCCGUCUCUUUAGCUCCUCCCACUACCGCUGCUGGUUCCGCGUCCAGCUCAGCGGAUCUCCUCGGAGGCGCGUUUGCGAGUCCAGUGGCCGAACCUGCUGCUGCAGCAGAGAGCGGGACUGCAGCCACCACAGCUACUCCUGCUGCUGAGGCUACUGCUGCAACCGACUCUUCGGCUGCUGGUAAUGGCCAGCCUGCAGCUCCAGCACCAGCAGCAUCUGCAGGAGGAGAUCUGAUGGGAGCGUUCGGUGACUUGGGGGACAUGCUCAUGCCAGCCAUGGCUCCUCAGGCAGCUGGAGCAGCCUCCCCUGUUAAACCAGCGGGAGGAGACUUGGACUCCACUAUGGCCAACUUGGCUGGAAAUUUGGGAAUGGGGACCCAGAAACCAGGUGAAGCAGCAGGAGGUGCAAACUGGCAAGCUCAGCCUGGCGCUGCUGGAGCUGCUCCCGGCUCUCCGAUGAUGUUCCCUCAGCAGCCCAUGGUGAGGCCACAGUUUCCUGCUGCAGGAGCGCCUGGAGCAUCGAUGUCUCCAGGAAUGGCCCAGAGCCCCAGAAAGCCACCUCCUCCUAAAGAUCCCCUCGCUGACCUGAACAUUAAAGACUUCCUAUAGAUCAGCAUCAGCUCCCGUUACCCUGAGGAAAUGGACGUGUUCUCUCUUCUGAUCAAGUAGCUUCAGGGUCUCCUUUCCUCCCUCCCUCUUUCUCUCGCUCUCUGUCUAAUGUUGUACCACAACCUGUGAAAGUGAUCCUGUACACGUGUGUUUGUAUUUUAAUGUUAUCCUUUUGUUUCCAGGCUAUAUUUAAAAGAUGAACUGUGUAAGGUAUUGAUGGAUGCAUCCUUGUACAUCUGCAGUGGUGGAUGUGUGUUCCUUUUUAUUUCUCCUGGCUCGCUUUUCUGUGAGAAACCCCAAACAGAUGUGACGUUUUCUGUGGAAAAAAAAUGAAAUGAGUAAUGUUUCGGUGUGGUAAAUAUCACUGGCCAAUCUUGGGCUCACAUGAUCCAUGUCGUCAUUUGAGGAAUUAGUUGUCUAGCUUUUAGCCAUACAGCUUAUGGGAAUAUAUGAAUGGACAUGACAUAUACAGAUGUAUUAAAAUAUUGUGUAGCAUCUCAUUUCUGUUUUACUGACUUAUCAACCUGGUCUUCUUCCUCUUCUGUUGGUCACGUGUGACAUGCAACGUUUGACUAGGCCUACUCAAAAAGAAUAUGCAUUUUAGAAUAUUUUAUCUUUAGUCUUUAUUUUGAGAUAAACAAAUGUUGAAUAUAUUUUAGUUAUGUUUAAAGUACCUUAUGUAUUAAUGAACUGGUGCAAAGUAUUUCAUUUGUAAAAAACAAACGUAAAAAACACUUGUAUUCCUCUGUCCUGCCACCUGAACGAACCAGAGUUCAGUUUGAAGAACAGCGUUUCAGCAUGGAUAAAUUUCCAUGUGUCCAGGUGUUGAGCCGGAUUCUAAUAUACAGCAACAUCUACAAACGCUCCUGGCGUCUCGCUUACUUGUAAUAACCGGACAGGAUGUAAACUGGCUGUUUGAUGUUGUAAUUCAUUGCAGUUGACUAUAGCAAGAGCAAAUGAGAAAAAAACUAAGAUUGUUCUAAAGACUGAAGGAAUAGGGUUAGACUUACUGUGGCUGUGCGGAUCUGCUUUGUUUUCUAUUUUUCUUUUGUUUUUUUUUUUUGAUGAAUUUUAUUUUGGAUGGACUAUCCCCCUCUGCCCCCACAUCCCUCCUCUGUGCAUGUGAGUCCUGUUGAAAUGCAAUAAAUGAUUACCUGGAAAA